AUGAGCGAUCUAAUAAACAAUUUAUUCCGAGAAUUUUGGAACGCGUGGGUCAAUAUAGUUGAGUUGAAUUUGAUCAGUUGUUGCUCCAAAUUGGAAAUAUUUCAUCGCUUUUUCCAAUGUGCCUCUCGUUCGCAAUAUUCGAUUUAUUGAUGAAUUUAUAAAGCGUAAAUAGACGGUAGCUGUUGGUGGAAUGCCAGUGAUUCAAAAGGUCGCGAAAGACGUGUUUUGUCAAACGAAGACGGCGUUACAGCUUGCAAAAGAUACAUGCAAAGACGAGCCAAAGAGGCUGUACUUUGAGCGUACUCGUAACGUGGAACCGGUCACGUACAGAAAUUCCAGGAACUUGAUGGAAUUUUCGUACGAAGCACGAAAUCGAGACUCUAGAUUCGAUCACCGAACUUCGUCAUGCGAAGCGAGUGUGAGAACGUCUCGACACUGGCUGAAAUUCACGACAAAAAUGAACGGCUGUGAUCUCGUGAAGCGUGAUAAAAACGUAAAGGCUGUAACACGAGUUUUCCGUGAUUGAUAACGGCCCCGAUCAAUAAUACGAGUCGAGCCAGAUAAAAAGAAAAAAAAAAAAAA